GGUGCAUUGUGUUCGAGGCAGUCUACAAAUUAACAGUUUGGUCGCUGGGUCGAGUAUGGACAUCAAAAAAGUGCUUGUUGCUGACGCCGUCGAUUCGGCCUGCACUGAUCUGCUUAAGAAGCACGGAAUCCAGGUGGAUUGCAAGUAUAAACUGCCUAAGGAUCAGCUUAUCAAGGAGAUACCGAGCUACGAUGGCCUUAUCGUAAGAUCUGAUACUAAAGUAUCUGCUGAUGUAAUUGCUGCAGCUACCAAUCUUAAAGUUAUUGGCAGAGCUGGUGCUGGUGUCGACACCAUCGAUGUUGCAGCUGCCACAAACAAAAAUGUAUUGGUUCUCAAUACACCUGGAGGUAACUCCAUCAGUGCUUGUGAACUUACCUGCGCACUCAUUACGAAUCUGGCAAGAAACGUUGCAGCUGCAGCUGACAGUUUAAAAGCUGGCAGAUGGGACAGGAAAUUGUAUUCUGGGCAUGAGCUGUACGGCAAAACAUUAGCUAUUAUUGGACUGGGAAGAAUUGGAAAGGAAGUCGCCAUUAGAAUGCAAUCUUGGGGAAUGAGAACUAUUGGAUUUGAUCCAAUCGUGAGUGCUGAGGAGGCAAGACAAUUCAACGUGGAAUCUCUGAGUUUGGAACAAAUCUGGCCCCAAGCUGAUUACAUCACAGUCCACACACCUUUAAUCCCUCAAACAAGAAACUUGAUAAACUCAAAAGUAUUUAAUGUGUGCAAAAAAGGAGUUCGCAUUGUGAACGUGGCUCGUGGAGGCAUAAUCAGCGAGGCAGAUUUGUUGGAAGCCCUUAAAUCGGGACAAUGCGGCGGCGCAGCUUUGGACGUGUUCGAACAAGAACCGCCCACCGAUGCCGUGACUUUGGAGCUCAUCAAACAUCCGAAAGUUGUGGCCACGCCCCAUCUAGGAGCCAGCACCACCGAGGCCCAAAUUAGAGUGGCUGUUGAGAUUUCUGAGCAGUUCAUUGCUUUAACUGGCAAGAGUAAGGAGUACACCACUACUCCUGGAGUGGUCAAUAGGACUGUGUUGGAGAAUUUGAAGAAAAAUUAAAGACUGGCCUGUAUUUGAAUUGAAGUUUUCUCAAUAAAAUAUUUUUGUAA